UCCCCUCCAUGGGGCGGAGUGUGUUUGUGGACCCCCCCCCCCCGCCUUCACCCUUCCGCCUCCUGAGCUGCACGCGCUCAGUGAGCACCUGAGAGGAGAGGAGCUGCUGGUGACUAAACCAGAGCACACACAGAUCACAGCCAGGGGGCCCCUGACGCAGCUCCACCACUAGCCCCAGCUCCCCUGAUGCAGCUUCACCACUAGCCCCAGCUCCCCUGACGCAGCUGCACUGCUAGCCCUCGCUAUCCUCAACAGGACCUGAUACAGAACAGGACAGGAGGAUGAGGAGGGAAGAGAAGGAUGAGGAACAGACUCCAGCUGUCACGCUGCUGACAGAGAUGGGAUAGGGAUCUGUAUAGACAGAGGAUUAAGGAACGGGGAUAGCGAGAUAGAGGACCACUCUGAAGCAGCACAACGCUCUGAAUAAACUUCCACUUUUCCAUCCUCUGAUUGCACUGCUGAAGUGGGCUGGCUCUGCGGACUUUAGACUUUAGACUUUAGACUUUCAUGUCCUUUCGCCUGGUUAAUAUCUUAGACAUGGAAUCACCAACCAAGGAGAUAGAGGAUUUUGAGAGUAACUCUCUGAAGUUUCUGCAGCCAGACCAGAUUGAGAAGAUAUGGCUGAGGCUGAGAGGACUAAGGAAAUACAAGAAGACGUCACAAAGGUUGCGAUGCUUGGUGAAACAGUUGGAACGAGGAGAGGCGUCCGUCGUCGACCUCAAGAAGAACUUGGAGUAUGCAGCCUCAGUCCUGGAGUCUGUGUACAUUGAGGAGACACGGCGAUUGGUGGACACGGAGGAUGAGCUCAGUGACAUCCAGUCGGACUCUGUGCCGUCAGAGGUUCGUGAUUGGCUGGCCUCCACCUUCACGCGUCAGAUGGGUCUGAUGCUGCGCCGGACCGAAGAGAAACCACGCUUCCGCAGCAUCGUACACGCAGUGCAGGCUGGGAUAUUUGUUGAGAGGAUGUACCGCCGGACGUCCAACAUGGUGGGAUUAAGCUAUCCGCCCAGCGUGAUCACGGUGCUCAAGCACGUGGACAUGUGGUCUUUUGACGUGUUUGCCCUGAAUGACGCGAGUGGGGACCACGCGCUGAAAUUCAUAUUCUACGAGCUGCUCACAAGAUAUGACCUCAUCAAUCGCUUCAAGAUCCCUAUCUCUGCCCUGGUGUCCUUUGUGGAAGCCUUGGAGGUGGGCUACAGCAAACAUAAGAAUCCCUACCAUAACUUGAUGCAUGCUGCAGACGUCACUCAGACAGUACACUAUCUAUUAUUGAAGACAGGCAUGGUGAACUGGCUGACUGAGCUGGAGAUCUUUGCCAUGAUCUUUGCUGCUGCGGUCCAUGAUUACGAACACACAGGGACCACUAACAACUUCCAUAUCCAGACCAGGUCAGGCACAGCCAUCUUGUAUAAUGACCGUGCAGUUCUGGAGAACCACCAUGUGAGUGCUGCCUACCGCCUCCUACAGGACGAUGACGAGAUGAACAUCCUCCUCAACCUGUCCAAAGACGACUGGAGAGAGCUACGGGCGUUGGUGGUAGAAAUGGUCCUGGCCACGGACAUGUCCUGUCACUUCCAACAGAUCAAGGCCAUGAAGAACUUCCUCCAGCAGCCAGAGGCGAUUCUCAAGCCCAAGGCCUUAUCACUGAUUUUGCACACAGCUGACAUCAGCCACCCGGCAAAGAACUGGGAUCUGCACCACAGGUGGACCACAUCACUCCUGGAAGAGUUUUUCAGACAGGGGGAUAAAGAAGCAGAGCUGGGCCUGCCCUUCUCUCCUCUGUGUGACCGAAAGUCAACCAUGGUGGCCCAGUCUCAAAUUGGAUUUAUUGAUUUCAUCGUGGAGCCCACAUUCACAGUCCUCUCAGACAUGACAGAGAAGAUUGUGACGCCACUGAUCGACGAGGCGUCUCGUUCCGGCCUGGCUGGGUUCAGACGCUCCAGUUGCUGUACUGAGAGGAGAGCUGGCAAUCUAAACAGUAUUCCAGUGGGGGAUGGGAAGCGGUCCAGUGUGAUCAGCACAGGCUCAGAGGGCAGCGGAACACUCAACUGUUCCCCGGGAACCAUCGACUAUAAGGGCUUCAAGGCCACCUGGAACGAAGAGGUGCACCAGAACAGAGAGAAAUGGAAGACCCAGGCUGCUAAAGAUCUGGAGGAGAAAACCAAAAGGGAAGCAGAGGAGAAGGCUUCGCAGGAGGAGACAGAGCCUGGAACAACAGAAGAGAAGGAAGAAAAGAAAGAGGGAGAUGAGGAAGGUACACAAGCAGAGGGAGAGAAAAAGGAAGUGGUGGAGGAAGUGCCCAAAGAGGAGGAAGGGAAUAAGGACCCAGGGGGGGCCGUCGGGACCACAACAACAUCAGGACCGGGACCGGGGCUGAAUCACUUGGACCCCAAGGAGCCUGAAACCAGCAGCACCAGCACAGAGAAAAACCAGGAAGUGCAAAACGGGGAAGUCCCAGAGGACCUAGACUCGCCUGAGACUGACUCUGGCUCAGAUGAUGACAGUGAGAAAAACACCUCUGACGACUUGUCAGGCUCGGAGGGCUAUGACCUGAUUCGCUACUACAAGAGACCCAGCUACUGUGCCAACUCUCACCUGGCACUACCCUCCAGAGAGAAAGAGAGGGAGAGAACCGAGGGCAGGCCCAUCGACCCCAGGAGCAGAGUCAAGAAGCUUCAAAGCAUCUCCCUGCGCUGGAGUAAGUGACAUCACAAGAAGUGACCUCACAGGAAGAGACCUCACAGGAAGAGACCUCACAGGAAGCGACCUCACGGAAAAUGACAUCUGUAGACAUUGCAACCCACGUUGUUCCCACUUAAACUUAUACUGGUGACAAGGCAAAGCUGUACCUAGAUUAUUCACAAUAGAUUAUUCAAUAGAUUAUUCAAUUAUGAUUUUAUAUAUAGUAGUUAAAGAGGAACUGACAGUGUUUUAGACCCAUUCAAUCUUGUUAAAAUAUGUUUAUCUACC